ACAUGCAAUAUUUCCUUUAUUUUGUUGUCAUAAUUGCAUUUUUGGCUUUAUCAAGUGCCAAUCCGGUACAAAAAAUUGUCGGAGGAGAACCCGCUAUUCCGCAUGAAUUUCCCUACCAAAUCAGCAUUCAGAUUGAAUUAGGUGAAACUCAUUGUGGCGGAAGCAUCAUUAAUGAAAAUUAUAUUUUGACUGCUGCUCAUUGCAAAGUUCCCGAAAAUUCAUCUGUUGUUGUAGCGGGAGCUCACAAUAUGGUCAAACCAAAUGGACAUGAACAAACACGCAAAGUCGCCAAAUUUAUUCGUCACAAGAAAUACAAAGGAGGCGAUGGACAUCUUUAUGAUAUUGCCUUGAUCAAAGUUUCGAAGCCUUUUAUUCUGAACGAUUACGUCCAACGAAUUGAACUACCACCGCGCGAUGAAUAUCCCACUGGUGAAGGUGUUGUCUCGGGAUGGGGAAUAACAAGUGUUUCGGAUCCAAUUAUUCUACAAAAAGCAAUCUUACCAAUUCACAAUAGACAAACAUGCGAGAAAAUGUGGUUUGAUGUGCCAAACUACGAUCAAACUCAUGUUUGUGCCGGUAGACUAGACGGAUCCAAUAAUGUAUGUUCAGGAGAUAGCGGUGGCCCUUUGGCACAAAAGCAGGGAGAGAAAAAUAUCGUGAUCGGAAUUGUAUCAUGGGGAAUGAUUCCGUGUGCGACUCCUCAAAAACCAGGCGUAUUCACUCUCGUUUCUUCUUAUAUCGACUGGAUUCAUGAAAAUAUGCAACAAUAA